UCUUAAAUUAUCUCUUCUUUCUGCAUCAAAAUUAAUACCGGUGUAUAAUCAAACCUACUCGAACAGCAAAUUCUAGAGAGAGAAACAGAAUAUAAAAGUAGAGAGAGAGAAUGGCAACCAACAGCAUGGCAUCUGCUGCAUGUGGAUUUGUGGUGGCGCCAAAUGUCGCAACCACCACGACCACCACCAAGAGCAGCAUGCUUUUCUUCUCUUCCAAGACCAACAGAAAUUCAAGGCUUGUGGUCCGGGCCGAAGAGGCGGCGGCGCCAGCACCGGCCGCCGAUGCACCGGCUGCCGAUGCCCCUAAAGCCGCCAAGCCCAAGCCACCACCGGUUGGCCCCCCAAGAGGCUCAAAAGUAAGAAUUCUGAGAAAGGAGUCGUACUGGUACAAGGGCGUUGGCUCAGUUGUUGCCGUUGAUCAGGAUCCCAAGACAAGGUACCCAGUGGUGGUGAGGUUCAACAAAGUGAAUUACGCAAAUGUAUCUACAAACAACUAUGCAUUGGAUGAAGUUGAAUUAGUCAAAUGAGCCAUUAUUAUAUAAUGAUGCUCACUUCUCUGUAUUUUCAACCUUUUUUACACACUUUAGUACGUGUGAAUUCUGUAUCAUACAUUUUGCAAUCAUUAAUAUAUCAACCAUGCUCAUAUUAAUUUAGU